UCCUGCGUAGUGUUCGAUCGCCCGUUGUGAAAUACGCGCGCGUGAUACGGCGAUAAUUCUUCCGUAACAUAGUGAAUUAUUGAAGGAAUUCAAGCGAUGCAAUAAGUUGAUUUUUUAUAAUCUAUUACAGUGGUAUAGUAAAUUCCUGGACAAAAUGGCGAGUGCGUUAGCAAAAUUGCAAGGGUUAGGGCAAAAAAUGAGGGGUAAAGAACACUACGAGUGCAGGACACUUAAUGUAAACAUUGCCCCAGCUGCUAAUGUUGACAUUGAAUUUCGGAACAUCUCCAUGAAUGUGUCUAUGGGAAUCAUUGGAAACAAAAAGAAAACAAUCCUCGACAAUGUCUCCGGAAUCUUCAAAUCAGGCCACCUCACCGCCAUCAUGGGGCCAUCAGGUGCUGGAAAAUCAUCGCUUUUGAACGCACUCACUGGAUUCUGUUUAAACGGUGUAGAAGGCACAAUCAGAGCUGGUGAAGCAGUAUGUAAAAUAGGAAAGGAUGUAUCGAGUAACGCGCUACGAGCUUAUAGAAAGAAAUCCUGCUACAUCCUUCAAGAUGACCGCCUGGAUCCGCUUUUUACAGUGAAAGAACUUAUGACCUUCGCUGCGGAUUGCAAACUGGGGAACAUGAUCACUCCGAAGCUCAAAAAUUCGUUAAUAUCAGAUAUAUUGGAGACCCUCGGGUUAAAAGGCCACGAGAACACAAGGGCUGGCAAUCUCUCGGGCGGUCAGAGAAAGAGGUUGUCUAUCGCUGUGGAGCUAAUUGACAACCCUCCUGUCGUAUUUCUGGAUGAACCAACAACUGGUCUCGACAGUCUAACAACAAAUCAGUGUAUCAGCAUGCUAAAGAACCUCGCAAAAGGAGGACGCACAAUUGUUUGCACUAUACAUCAACCUACUGCACUUAUAUACAAAAUGUUUGAUCAGGUGUAUAUACUUGCUGAAGGAAUGUGCAUUUACGAUGGGACUAGUGAAAGCACUGUACCAUACUUAUCAUCUAUGGGUUUCAACUGUCCUGUUUACCACAACCCUGCUGAUUACAUUUUAGAAAUCGCUAACGGAGAAUAUGGCAACUUUAAUGAACUCAUGGCAGCUCGGUGCAUCCGAGAUCAAAAGAUUGAGAAGGUCCCUCCGCAUUUAGAGGAAGAAACUCCCUCGCAACUAUCUUACGGCAAGAUGUCAAUCAUAGUCAAUCAGCCUCACGAGGCUUACAGGUUUGGAGUACUUUUCAAACGGUGUCUGAGACAACAGUAUAGAGAUUGGACUGUGACGCAUCUUAAAGUGAUAUUACAUCUAUUCCUGGGUAUCAUUCUUGGAUUGGUAUUUGAUAAUGCAGGCAACGAUGGUUCAAAAACAUUUAGUAAUCUUGGCUUCCUCCUCAUAUCAACUACCUAUCUCUGUUACACGUCUGUUAUGCCAGCUGUACUCAGAUUUCCCGACGCUUUACCUGUAUUAAAAAAGGAAAAUUUUAAUAAUUGGUAUGGCCUGAAGACGUAUUAUGCAGCUACUCUGGUUACCACGAUUCCAAUACAAAUAUGGUACAGUUUUGUGUACUCCCUGCCAGCAUAUACAAUCACCGGACAACCUCUCGAGCUUUCUCGAUUUGUCAUGUUUGUGCUCAUCCUUGCCCACGUGACUCUAUUGGCUGAUGCGAUUGGCAAUGUCAUCGGAUCCUGUCUGAACCCAAUUAAUGGAACAUUUUUUGGCGCAAUUAUAACGUGUAUUAUGCUCGGUUUUGCUGGUUUCCUGGUUCUGCUGCCUCAUAUGCACCCCAUCAUGCAGUUUAUAUCAUAUGGCUCUUUCUUGAGACACGCUUUCGAGGGUUUGGUCUUAUCUGUCUACUCAUAUGGAAGAACACCCAUUUACUGCCCAGACAGUGUAGGUUACUGUCAUAUGAGGUACAAAAUUAUAAUUGUUAGCUUAGUUAUCAUAUUGAAUUUAAAUAUCUGUCAUGCUUCGUAUUACCAAAUAUUGGGGGUAUCCAAACAAGCGUCAGCGGCCGAGAUAAGACAGGCAUUUAAAAAAUUGGCCAUUAAAUUGCACCCUGAUAAGAAUUCUAAUGAAGAUGUACAAGAAAGUUUUUUUAAAAUUACUGAAGCAUAUGAAACACUCAAAGAUCCUGAGAAACGGCAUCAAUAUGAUAUGUAUGGCUCACACCAAGCAUAUAUACGGAAACAUGACUUUCAAUCGCAAUCAAAGUAUAAUGACAUAUUUAUAAAAGGAUUGUAUCACAAAGAUCCCAAUGUAGAAACUAUAACACCAUCAACAUACAAAACAUUCCUAAAUAGUGGGCUACAUUUUAUUAACUUCUAUUCUCCAUUCUGCCCACCAUGUCAAAACCUGGCAGAUGAUUGGAAAAAAUUGGCAGAACUGUAUAAGGGAAUUAUUAAAUUUGGCGCUGUGAACUGUAAAUAUUACAACUCGUUUUGCUAUCACUCGAUGAGGAUAGGUAAUUAUCCAUCGUUGUAUUUAUAUCCUAAUGGAAAAGAAGGCAGCUUCGUGCAAUAUACUGGGCAGCGUACUUUUGAGGAUUUGGAGAAAUUUGUUCUGCUCUAUAUAAAGAAAAGGGUGAAAAUACCAGUUGUAAAGGACAUUGGAGAAAGCGAUAAGCCAAUUGCCUAUGUCCUUGAUACUAUGAAUGAGAAUAUGCUGCUACGAAUUGCCUACAGAUUGUACUGGGUUACGAAUAUGGUGAAAAUUGAUGACGAUUUAAGAAGGACACUCCAGCGAGAUUUGGAAACUAAAAUUCUACUAAAGUACAAUAAUAGAACGGUGUGGAUAAAGUCAACUGACGAACAGACUAUUAUUAAGAAAAUUGUGGGAAUACUGCCGACGAUUGAACAAGUCGGAUUGAAAAAGAUACAAGAUAUCAGAAAUGCACUGCGUAAUGAGAAGAAAAUGCCAUGGGUCCUAUAUUUCUCUACGCAGGGUGAUGAUAAGCUGCUAGUCCAUCAUUUGAAGGUUAACAUGCCUAAUAUGAUGUUUGGUGAAAUUAAUUGUGACAAAUUGGGUGAGCUAUGUCACUCUUUACAAGUGAACAAAGCCCCAGCAUGGGGUAUAUUAAAGUCAGGGGGCGGCUACCAAAGGCUAUUUGGAGAACCGACGCAGAGUGUUCUAGAGAAAGCUGCUAAAGCGUAUAAUAUGCAUACGCUUUCGGCUUCAGAUUUCAAGAAGAUUCUAGAAGAUGAUUCGACCACGUGGGUGCUAUUAAUUGCUCCGCACCAAUCAUCGUGGCAGCAUAUGAUCGAACCCUUUAUUGAAGCUUCUCUUGAGUUUAUUGAAGUUGGAAUUAGUUUCGGUGUAAUGUCGUGCAGCAAACAUACAAAUGACUACUGUCGAUCUGUCUCUGAAAACAAUGCAUUGAUCGCGGUACAGGAGAGGGGAAAAUUGCACAAAUAUCGUGGAGAAAUCGAUAAAUCUGAUAUAGUAGAGUUUGUUGACUUAAUUAAAGAUAUAGAUGACUUUAGCCUAAGCGAGCAACAGGUACUGGAGAUAAGUGAUGUCUCGUCACGUGAUUAUACAUGGGUCGUUGCGUUUCUGCCACUACAUUGUGGUCAUGUCUGCGAUGAAUUGUUACAUGAGAUGAGAAUUGUCUCGAAACGGCUGCGUCCAUUAAAGUUCGUACGCGUCGGCGCCCUCUGGUGUAAGAAUGAACGUACGAGCGGUUUUUGUAACAAUGUACGCGCGCCAACAUUACGCGUCUAUCCUCUCGCUUCCGGACGACAUUUUACAAUACCCCUACAACAACUGUCAAAGGCGCCGUAUAUACUUGAGUGGGCUUUGAAUCAUAUAGAUGACUCCAUUGUCAAUUUGAAUACACACACAUUCUACUCACAAACACAAAAAGGUAGUGAGAAGCCAUGGGUCGUAUAUUUCCAUUCGCCGAGAUGUUACAAAUGUUACGAAAUGUACACAGACUUCGCGAUUGUUGCUCACCACUUGAACAAUGUGAUAAAUUUUGGUAAAGUGAACUGUAUAUCGGAGCGGCAAAUUUGCCAACAGGAGUACAUAAAUAGCUACCCAUCUAUGCAUAUAUAUUUGAACGAAAAUGAGCGACAACCUUAUAGGGCUGUCGUUAAUCUUCAAGUUACUACAUACUCCCAACUCUGGAACGAUUUACAACCUCAUUUGAGGGACUAUAACGACGACAUAUUAGCUAAAUUCAACAGUUUCGAUAUAACAAGCCAGUAUUUACGAGAUGAAUUGUAAUUUAAUAGCUGAGAUUUGCUAUUGUAAAAUUUCAUCACAAAGAAUAGACGAUUUGACAGAUCUACUUAAACGAGGUCUCAUGAGCCUGUGCGAAUAGAGAACCAUUUUGAGGUCAUCGUAAUCAAAAUUA